ACGCGUGACUUACCCGUAACGACCCGUGACAGUCAAGAACUGAUGAAUCCAUGACGGGCUUUGCCAACGCCUCUGUGCAAAAAAGAAUGGAAACAGCUCAUCAAAUUCUUGUACAUCUUGAAUUUGCUAGAGUUUUGCGCGUUCUUGUUCACUGAUCUGGCCCUCAGUUCAUGACAAUCUCAGUGGCCAGUCUUCCUUUGUGGGGGCUCCUUUGUGGUCCCCCACCAGGCGUUUUUCAACCUGUUUGUUCAGCCCAUUCUCCCCGCGACUCGCUUCCGUCGAAGAAACAACGCCAGUCAUAGAAUUUCCCCUCGUGUUUCAACGAGAAAAGCUAUGGCAAAUUCCAUCUUGGUUUCUCUGGGAAUUCUCAUCACCUUUCCCUUAGCUCUUUGUUCAAGAUCUGCGCUGAUCGUCAACACAACUUAUGGCCCUGUUCGCGGGGAAGCCAUUGUUUUGAACACGAACAAGACCCUUGUCCGAUAUCUUGGGAUACCGUUUGCCCAAGCAAAUAGAUUUGAAGCUCCUAAAUCGCCCAAGCCGUGGACAAGUACUGUGAACGCAACCUCGUUCGGCAAGUGGUGUCCGCAAAACCCUAGCGUGAUUAUGAACUCCACAAAGGACAUAGAUGAACAAUGCCUCACUAUCAAUGUCUUUCUUCCUGAAGACAAAGCCAAACAAAAUCCUGCUCUUUUGCCUGUCAUGUUAUGGAUAUAUGGUGGUGGAUUUUCCACGGGAGGAUCUGCAGCAGGACUAUAUAAUGGUGGUUAUCUUGCCACCGAGGGUGAGGUGAUGGUCGUUACUUUCAACUACCGUGUUGGUGUGCUGGGGUUCUUGUCCACUGGAACAGAAGAGAUACCCGGAAACUUUGGGCUCUUGGAUCAAGUGGAGGCUAUGCGCUGGGUACAGAAGAACAUUAAGAGGUUUGGAGGAGAUCCAAAGAAUGUGACAGUCUUUGGUGAAUCUGCAGGUGGAGCAAGUGUUGCUCUUCACAUGUUGUCCCCUCUGAGCUAUAGGCUUUACAACCAGGUUAUCCUUCAGAGUGGAACUGCAACUACUACAUUUGCUGGCAUGGACAACAAGACAGCCAUAAACUCCACAAGAACUUUUGCAAAACGUGUUGGUUGUGACAUGUCAGGACUGAAAGAAUGCCUGAUGAAAAAGAGUGUCAGUGAUAUACUGACUGCCCAGGAAGAUAUCAUAGGCACCGCUGUUUCUGGCUGCUUAUUUCUGCCUGUUGUUGAUGAUAACUUUCUACAUGAUCAUCCCUUUAAUCUUCUUGUCAAUGGCAAGUUUAAUCAGACUGUGCCGGCAAUGAUAGGUGUAGCCAAGAAUGAAGGAGGAUUUUUUGUUCUUCCUUUUAAAGGUAUAACACCUGGAGUGCCUGGCAUAAACAAUGGACUUAACAAAACAACAUUUGACAGCCUUGUCAAAAGCGGGCGAUGGGCUUACAACCAAACACAGAAGGUCACAGAUGCAGUGAUCUUUGAGUACACAGACUGGACAAAUGAAACAAAUCUAAAAGUCAUCCGUCAAAAGUACAUGGAUGUCAUUUCUGAUGCUCUCUUCAAGGCUCCUGCAGUGCGCUCUGCUAAGGUUUUUGUCAAACAUGAUAUGGAGACUUAUUUGUACUCCUUUGACCAUUUCGUCUCUCCUCAUAUUCCAGCCUGGGCUGGAGUUAUUCACAGCGGCGAUGUUAAAUAUGUGUUUGGUGAACCUUUCCUGAAGUAUAAUGAGAGUGCUGGUGAAGCUGAGCAAGAUGGGGAAAUAAAGUUCUCAAAGCAAAUCAUUUCCAAGUGGAGCAGCUUUGCCAAGAAUGGAAAACCAACAGAAGAUUCAACCAAAUGGCCAGCAUAUACUCUCAAAGAUGAAAAGUAUAUCUCGUUGAGUCCGGCAUCUUCCGUCAAGAAGAAUAUGCUUCCUGAAAAGAUGGCAUUUUGGAAUUCACUUGUCUCCUCCUUGACAGAACCAGAACCAGCUGUGAUACCUACUACUCCUCCUACUACAAAGCCAGUACCAGUUACCAUAGGUCCACCAGGACAGAAGGAAGCUGUUGCCAGUAAAAAAACUGAGAAUGCCCUGAUUGCCGUGGUUGUCGUUCUCUCGAUUGUGGUCCUUGUUCUUGUGGUGGUUACAUGGCGUAUCAGGCGGAAGCUGGCAGACGCCAUCUCUGACCCUGGUCCAACUACCAGGCUUAUAUAGUACUGCAGAUUUUUAACACGCUAAUAGUUGCAUCCCUGAUCAGGGAACUACAUGGUAGUGUAGUAAAAUUCCAACACUUGCAUUAAAAAUUAAAUUAAUGCACUAUUAAAUUAAAUUAGACUAUAGGAUUAGGAACAUUAUAGUUUUAAGAGAUAAGUUUUCCCUGACCCCAGUGCAAGGACUAACAUGACACAGUUGAGUUCCAACAUUUGUAGCAUUGUAGGGUUUUGAAAUGUGAUGGCUUUGAAAGUUCCAUCCUUGCUUAUGUGGUUACAACUCUGAUUCAAGAACCAGUCUAACAUAGUUCCAACAAUUCCGUAGUGUACAUGUUUACGUUUAAUGUAAAAGAGAUGCUUUCUUGACGGCUAACAUAGUCCCCUUUGUGAUAGAUAUGGUGCCAUUCCUGGCACAAAUGCAAGUCUAAAAUAGGUCUAAGGCUUAAAGCUGUUAAAUUUAAUGUUGUCAUAAGAGAGGUACUUUAUUUAACCCUGGCCUACCAACCGAGGAACAUAGUUUCAACAUUUUGCAUUUUCAGUUUUGAUGCUGUAGGUAGGUUCUGAUAAGAUGGUCAAAUAUGAAGGUUGUCAUAAACAUACUACAAAAUAAUUCUGCAAUAAAGAAUUGUCAAAUACUUGUGACAAAAAUCGUUUGUAGUAUGUCUGACGCGGCGUCUGACUCCUCGUCUAACUUCAAGACUUUUCACACAGCUGUCGAGUUCUCCUUAAAGAAACUAGGUAAACCGGAACUAGAAUUAAUGAGAGAUCAGAGCAUUAUGUUUUGAGAAAAAAAAAGGGCGUGCUAGAAGAAUCAGAUUUGCGAUAAAGUAAGUUAAUUUCUUAUAUUUCAUUCAUUUUAUCAGUAAUUAGAUAACUAAUUAGAUACACGACCCCUCAAACAUGUAGUGCUUAAACGAUAAUCGUGUUUUAAAUAAAGGAUUUUACUUUACUUAACUUUACUCUUAGCUGACCCUCAGUCACUCCACUCAAACCGGCGCUUCUUGAGGCUAAUCUUUUUAUCAUAAACUCUAUUGGUUUUCUGCACUACUAGUACCUACAUCGUUUAUAUCAUAUAACUUACUUUACAUUUGUUUUCAGUGCGUUUUGUCACUAAUAUUACUUACAUUUGAACUUCACGUUUUUUUUUACGUAAAUCGCAGUACCUACAAUUAUCUCGUACAUUACUUAACUAUUUAAUUUUCACCACAUUGCUAACAUUUCUCUAGUAUAUAGCAUAACCAGUUUCAUGUACGGCAUUACAUUGAAUUCUGGUAGUCGAGCACCCAGGGCACUUUUGGGGGAAGUAGUUUUUCGUAACUAAUAACAAAAGUUUUUUAUUCUUUACUUAAAUAAAACUUUUUAACAAGGACAGAAAUGUAAACAGCGUAGUUAUUUAUCUUACUAGUGGUUUUGUAAUAUUUCAUAAAUAGGAUCGUGUCAUUAAAUUUCUUUAAUAUUUCUUUUUCA